UGGAACCCUACAGCUUGCGGUGGAACUUUAGAUUCUGCAGUUCCUUACAGGUUCAUCGGUUCUAAUUCACCUCUGCUUCUUUUAUCUUGUUUACAUGUCUGGGUCUUCUCUGCCUCAUCUCCCAAAUCUCUAAGUCCACACUGCCUCGCUGGCUCUCCCCAAGGUUCCCAUAAAGGAUGCUCUGUUCCCCUACCUGCUUACCUAGUUUUCCAGGCAGUGAAAGGAAACUGGAAACUUAGCUGAGAUGAGAAAUGAAACCGAAAGUCUCUCUGAGAACCGGAGGAAUACCGGAUGCAGGACCAGCCUGGGGCCUCGCCCAGCCUCUCUUUAGCAUUCUCCCUGGGCGCCGGGAGGAUCUUCAGACACUGCAGAGCCAGGUCUGCUGUUCACAUUAGUAGCUGCCACUUAGAGGCACCACAGUAAAGGAUAUUUGCUAUAUUUAAUAUUUUCCAGUACAGGUUGGAGGCACAGGUAGCAAGCAGCAAAAAUGGAUUUAAAAAAAUACAUGAUGUUUUUAGAGGAUAUAUCACAGUUAAUUUUGAAUGAAGUGCCAAAAGCUGAUUAUGACAGCUUGUUCAAUGAUUUUGUUGAGUCUGAAUUUUUCCUGCUCGAUGGAGACUCCUUGCUGAUCAUGUGCGUCUGUGAGAAGUCACUCAAGCAGGGCCAGGACCUCCACUUCUUCUACCUGGUUGAACGUUACCUGGUGGAUCUGAUUACUAAAGGAGGGCAGUUUGCUGUCGUUUUCUUUAAGGAUGCUGAGAACACAUAUUUCAACUUCCCUGAACUUCUCCCUCUGAGAACGGCUUUAAUUCUCCAUCUCCAACACAACACCAACAUCGAUGUUCGAACAGACUUUUCUGGGUGCUUGUCACAAGAGUGGGAAGCUUUCCUGGAAGAGAGUUACCCGUAUUUUCUGAUAGUUGCAGAUGAAGGCCUGAACACUCUACAGACACACCUUUUCAACUUUUUAAUCAUCCAGUCUUGGGCGCUGAAGAUCAAUGCUGUGCUUUUCGCGGGCCAGGUGGCUGAUGUCCUUCGACUUUAUGCGUACUUUAUGCCGAGCAGGCCCAAAAACCAGAUGUUUUUCCAGCAGAAUAGAAGGAACAUUGAGAAUGCUUACAGAACCCUGAUUAAGCAAUUGGAGGAAUGUAGAGCUUUAGCAUUUGCCCCUCUUUUUGGAAAUUUGAAAUGGGAAAAUAUGAUGGAAGAGGCACAUGAAACCAUUUCUCUGCUUAAGCAACUAUGGCCUGAAGGAUCUGACAUUCGGCGAGUUCUUUGUGUCACUUCCUGCUCAUUGUCUUUGCGUUUCUACCAUCAACUCUUAGAAAGCAGAUCCAAGACCACUGCUGCUCACCAACAGGUGGAAGGGAAGCCCUUGGCCCUGCAGGAGGUGGAAGAUUUGUGUAAACUGCACUGUCUCAGCGUGGCCUUUCUCCUCUGCAUACCUCUUUCUCAAAGAGCUUGUACCAGAUUUAUCACUUCUCAUUGGAUUGAGGACAUUCAGACUUUCUUAAAAAUGAAAAAGUGUUGCGACUAUUUCAUCCUAAGUGACGUGAAUAUUUCGGAAUCUUGGAAUCUGGAUUUAACUCACCUUUCUGACUUAAGUGAUGAGCUUUUGUUGAAGAAUAUAGCAUUUUACUAUGAAAAUGAAAAUGCUCAAGGCCUGCAUUUGGGAAAUGUCAUUACGAAAGAUUAUGAACAUCUCUGGGAUACUGUAUCAAAGUUGGUCAGACCAUUUGAUGUUGGAAAGCCAUUCCCUCUGAGAACAACAAAACGUCCUUUUCUUAAGAAGAACCCAUCACCAAUCAAAGAUACCUCCAUGGAAAAGAUGCCUAGUUUGGGUUUUAUUCCAAUGUCAUGUCAGGUGGUUGAUAAUUUUGUUGGAGACAUUUUGAAAGAUUUGCCUUUCCUAACGAGUGAUGAUCCUGUUGUAACUUCACUGGUCAAACAGAAGGAAUUUGAUGAACUUGUGCACUGGCAUUCCCACAAACCCCUCAGUGACGAUUAUGACAGGACAAAGUGUCAAUUCAAUGAAAAAUCCAGAGAUCCUUAUUAUCUUAGAUCUGUGCAAAAGUAUCACGUUUUUCAACGAUUUUAUGGGAACUCUUUAGAAUCAGUCUCCUCAAAAUUUGUUGUAACUCAAGGUAUCAAGCCAAGGAAGUUCUGUGGACCCACGAGCAAAAAGACACAGGAGACCAAGGCUGAGAUAAUUACUCGAGAGAAUAAGAAGAGGUUAUUGGCCAAGGAAGAAGAAAAGGAAGAGAAAAAAUGGAGUGUUCUGUCAUUUUCCAUUGAGGAGGAAAUGAAAGAGGAUUUAAACUCAGGAAUAAAGAAUCUGGAGGAUUUUUUGAAAUCAUGUAAAAGUAGCUCAGUGAAAUUUCGAGUUGAAAUGGUGGGGUUAACUGCUUGCCUGAAAGCGUGGAAAGAAUACUGCCAAAGUGAAGGUGAAACCACAAAGGAUUUAAGUAUAGCUGUUCAAAUGAUGAAAAGGAUCUACUCCGUGGUGGAAAAAUACCCAGAACUUCUGCAAGAGGCAGAUCGACAAGUCAUAGCCAAAUGCCUUAGGUAUUUAGGAUUUGAGGAGUUGGCAAGUUCUUUGCAUCCGACACAGGUCGCAGGAAAUGUCACCAAGGAGAAGAGAAAGAACAAAUACUCAGUUGGCAUUGGGCCAGCUCGCUUUCAGCUGCAGUACAUGGGCCCCUAUUUGUUACGAGAUGAAAGGAAAGAUCCAGAUCCCAGAGUUCAGGACUUUAUUCCUGACACAUGGCAGCGGGAGCUCCUGGACGUGGUGGACAAGAACGAGUCUGCAGUCAUUGUGGCCCCCACGUCCUCCGGGAAGACCUACGCCUCCUACUACUGCAUGGAGAGGGUGCUGCGGGAGGGCGACGACGGGGUGGUCGUGUACGUGGCCCCCACCAAAGCCCUGGUUAACCAAGUGGCAGCAACUGUUCAGAACCGUUUUAGAAAAAAUCUGCCCGACGGCGAAGCUCUGUGUGGUGUUUUCACAAGGGACUAUCGCCACGACGCCCUGAACUCUCAGAUACUUAUUACAGUGCCUGCCUGCUUUGAAAUUCUGCUGCUAGCCCCUCAUCGCCAAGCAUGGGUGAAAAGGAUCCGAUACGUCAUAUUCGAUGAGGUCCACUGUCUCGGUGGGGAAAUUGGAGCAGAAAUCUGGGAACAUCUCCUUGUCAUGAUCCGCUGUCCCUUCCUGGCUCUCUCGGCCACUAUCAGCAACCCUGAGCACCUCACUGAGUGGCUACAAUCAGUGAAACGGUACUGGAAACAAGCAGAUGAAAGGAUGGGACAAAAUAUUGCUUCCAGAAGUGUUGGCUGCCGCCCAGGCUCUCGCAAGGACUGUUUGCUGGCAAAGCAGUCAUAUAGAGUAAGACUCGUGCUCUAUGGAGAGAGGUACAAUGAUUUAGAGAAGCACAUAUGUUCUGUGAACAAUGGUGUCAUUUCCUUCAAUCAUUUUCACCCGUGUGCUGCGCUGACCACAGAUCACAUUGAAAAGUAUGGAUUCCCUUCUGAUCUUACCCUUUCACCUCGAGAAAUGGUCCAGCUUUAUGAUACCAUGUUUCAUUUCUGGGCAGGUUGGCCCAGGGCUCAGGAGUUAUGCCCAGAGGAAUUCAUUCAUUUUAAGAAUAAAAUAGUCAUUAAAAAGUCAGAUACUAGAAAAUACGAAGAGUGCCUGAAGGCAGAGCUGACCGACUGGGUGAAGAGUGGCCGUGUCAAGCAGGCCAGGAUGGUUCUGAAGCAUCUUCGUCCUGGUUCGGUUAUUAGUUCAGAAAACAUGGCAGAUAUGUUUCCACUUCUUGUUGAAAAGCUAAAGCAAAUGGAGAAGUUACCUGCACUAUUUUUUUUAUUUAAGUUAGGGGCUGUCGAGGAUAGGGCCCGGAGUGUGAAAACUUUCCUGGAGAAAAAGCAACAGAGAAAAAGGCCCCCUAAAGCUGAUAAGGAGGCCCAUGACAUGGAGAACAAACUUCGAAAAGUUAGAAAAGCCAUUGAGAAGCAGAAGACAAUAGAUGAGAAAAGCCUAAAAAAGCCCAGAAACGUGGAUCAAAGCCUAAUCCAUGAAGCUGAGCAUGCUAAUCUCCUCAAGGUUCUUGAGAGGAACUUGGAGAUCCCCCAGGACUGCACCUACGCUGAUCAGAAGGCACUGGACGCUCAGACUUUGCAGACGGUGUUUGACCGAGUGAAAUUAACCCGGAAAGGUGCGGAGCUGAAGGCGUUGGCAGCAAGGGGCGUUGGGUACCAUCACAGCUCGCUGAACUUCAAAGAGAAACAGUUAGUUGAGAUCCUUUUCAGGAAAGGAUUUAUUAGGGUGGUGACAGCUACGGGGACACUUGCUUUGGGAAUCAACAUGCCUUGUAAAUCUGUGGUUUUUGCUCAAAACUCCAUCUACCUGGAUGCCUUAAAUUAUAGACAGAUGUCUGGACGGGCUGGACGUCGAGGUCAAGACCUGCUGGGAGAUGUGUAUUUCUUUGAUAUCCCAUUGCCCAAAAUAGAAAAACUCAUCAAAUCCAACGUCCCUCAGCUUAGGGGGCAGUUUCCUCUUGGCAUUUCCCUGGUUCUGAGGCUCAUGCUCCUGGCUUCCAAGGGAGAUGACCCCGAAGAUGCCCAGGCAAAGGUGCUGUCCGUGCUGAAGCACUCACUGCUCUCCUUCAAGCAGCCCCGGACCCUGGAGAUGCUGAAACUCUACUUUCUGUUUGCACUGCAGUUCCUGGUCAAGGAGGGCUAUUUAGAUCGAGAAUGUAACCCUGUGGGCUUUGCUGGACUUGUGUCGCAUUUACAUUACCAUGAACCUUCUAAUCUGGUUUUCGUCAGUUUUCUUGUAAGAGGCCUUUUCCAUAACCUCUGUCAGCCAACCAGGAAAGGCUCAAAACUUUUUUCUCAGGAUGUAAUGGAAAAGCUGGUAUUGGUAUUGGCAAAUCUGUUUGGGAGAACAUAUUUUCCAGCAAAGUUCCAAGAGUCUCCUCCCAAGUUUUAUCAAUCAAAGGUGUUCCUGGAGGACCUCCCCAAGGACUUCAAGGAUGCUCUAGACCAGUAUAACAAGAACGUUACAGAGGACUUUGCCUCCUUCCUGAUGAUUGUUUCCAGAUUGGCUGAUAUGAAACAGGAGCAUCAACUCCCACUGUCACACACAGAUUUCUCAGGUGAAGAAUGUGAAGACUCCCAACUUGCGUCUUACUUGAUGAGCUGCAAGGAGGGGAGAGUCGCCAUCUCUCCCUUUGUCUGUCUCUCCGGGAACUCAGAUGGUGAUUUGCUUUGCCCAGGAACUCUGGACCGUGUCACUCUGCGCACAAUUGGUAUCAGUAGCUCUCAGGCUCCUGUACUGUGUCCACAGAGAUUUGAUAACCAAGGAAGAAAAAUGCCACUCAAUGCUUAUGCACUCGAUUUCUAUAAACAUGGAUCCUUGACAGGAUUAGUCCAGGACAACAGGAUGAAUGAAGGCCUUGCAUAUCAGUUGUUGAAAGAUUUUGCACUCACCAUUCAAUCUAUCAGUGUUUCUCUGCGUGAACUUUGUGUAAAUGAAGAGGACAACGUGGUCUUAGCAUUUGAACAAUUGAGUCAAAGCUUUUUGGAAAAAUUUAAGAAAAUCUGAAAACAAAGUCUAUCCAGACCACUUAAAAGAUUGCUAUGGGCAUUUUUCAAGUCAUGUUUACGAUUCUCCUGCUUUUUGUUCAGAAACCUAUCGGAUGAAGUGGAAAGAGCAAGUACUUUGGAGUCAGGGUUGUGAUCAAGCCCGCCUGGCUCUCCUGUGCACAUCCUUAGAUAAAUUACUUAGUAUCUCUGAACCUUGGGUUCACUGUAUAGUUUAGCAAUGAUACUUCCAGAUCAGUUGUUUGGGGGAUGGAUUGAGAAAUGCAAGGAUUUUGUACGUGAUGAACUUUUUGCAAAAAAAUGAAAUCUCAGAAUUUUUCUCUUCAAUGUCAUAAUUUUUAAAAAGUCUAUUAAGGCUGGAAUAAAUGACUACGGUAUCCUGAAGUCAAAAUAUAUUCUAAUUUAAAUAUGAUUACAUGACUUAGAUAUGAAGCCAUUAAUAUACCUUCUAGUGAACUUGAACUACUUUUUAUAAACAUAAUGGGAGUUUUGGUAUAAAUUCUGUGAUGCUUUAUAAUAAAACAAAGCUGAUGUUUUAGCUGGUUUUAACUGUGUAGAAGUAGCUGAAAAACCACAAAUAAAAUGUGUUUAAUCUA